CUGACCGGCUUGUACCUGAUUCCGCUUAAGAUCUGUGACUGACUCUUGAUGCAUGAUGCACUGGUGCAGUCACAUCUUCAAGGGUGCUGCGGCCUACUGCAUACUAGUCAUUUGUCUUUCAAAACGACGGCACCGUCAGAAGGUUCUGGUGUUUUAGCUGACGUGGCCCAUUGAUACCUUGACUAUAUUUAAGUGGACGGUAUCAUCCACGAUACUGCAGUAUGGCUUUCACCAGUAACACUCCGUUGGAUCCCAUCCUCUACAGGCUGGGCCCUGCUGCACUCGAGUUUUUCCAGCAACAGACAGGUAUCACGGAAGAGGGUGAUCUGAAGCACCACAUCCUGGCUGUUCAAGCAAAGGCUUUCGCGGUAGCACCGUACCCCUGCAUCUACAACUUCGGAUUCACAAGUCUCAGAAUUUCGGGACACCCGAAGUACCAAAGCGUGCUUCAGCUAGGUCGUGAUUUCAGAAACUCACUGUUGUUGGAUCUUGGAUGUUGCUUUGGCAAUGAUGCAUGCAAGGCAGUCGCAGAUGGCUGGCCAAUCACCCAAGUGAUCGCUACCGAUCUUAGGCAAGAAUUUUGGGAUCUCGGUCAUGUCCUUUUUCGGUCUACGCCGACAUCUUUUCCCGCUCAGUUUAUUGCGGGUGACUGUCUUGAUCCAGCUUUCUUAUCGUCCGAGUCUGGGCAUACAUCACAGUCACCACCUGACUUAUCCUCACUCGUCUCGCUGAAUGACCUGCAUGGCAAACUUACUGCCAUCCAUGCAUCAUCAGUAUUUCACUUAUUUUCUGCAGAGCAACAGGCAUCGCUCGUCCGUGCUGUAGCUGCUUUGCUGUCUCCUGUGCCAGGAAGCAUUGUAUUUGGAUCUCAUGUCGGACUUCCGAAGCAGGGUACCAUACGGCAGGAAAUGUUCGAUAUGACAGUGGAUAUGUAUUGUUAUGAUCCUGAAAGCUGGAAUAAGCUCUGGGAAGAUGCUGGUCCCUUCAAGACAGAGGCCGUCCUGAAAGAGGUAAUAACUCCAAAUGGUGAAAUUGGGUGGAGGAUGGUAUGGAGUGCGACGAUGAGCACGAAACUCACUGUAUGAAUAAACUUUUGUGUAGUUAUGAUGGCGAUGUAACGAAUAACCUUGUAGUACCACGUGAAGGUCACUCAGAACACCCGGGCUGAAGCGCGCCCAAACAUUGACCGAAACAACCGAAUAUAUCAC